AUGUCAUCGCCAUUUGAUGAGCGUGAAGAAUAUUUAAAAAAUCCAUUUUUAAAAAGAGAAUACGGUGACUUUACUACAUUUUAUGUUAUUAUAGCCAUUUGCACCAUCUUUGGGUUUUUUUUGUUGGUUUUAAAUGUGAGUUUAUGCUGUUCGAAAUACAAGAAUUAUUGGUGUGAUAGUAACACAGGUAAUCGUUGGAUUCUUCCGAUUUGGACCAAAACUCCUCAUUUACAACCUCCGUUGGAUCUUACUGAAUUAAAUGAUGAGUAUAUACCUCCACCUGUGACAGAGCCUUAUUAUAUUUAUCCAGACAAUUAUUCAGAUUUUGAAAUACAACAACCGCAAACGGAUCAGCAGUACAUUGAAAUGCAACUUGGAAAAAAAUCCAAAGAAAGUGAUCUUUGA